GGUAGGGAUGUGUGUGAUCAGGGAGUGGAAACAAAUAUGUCCUUAUUUUCAAUGCCCCCUUUGAAAGAGACAAAGUAAAUGCUCCUUGCAAAAUGUUCCUGACCUGCGAAGGGACCUUCGGAAUUGUUCCAGCCACCAUGGAUUACAAUGGGGAAGCCAGGCCGGGGGAUUUUCAUGCUGGCUACCAAGAAAUCGAAGGGAUAAACUUGGGAUACUUACAGAUCAAUGGCACCCAGAUGUUUGCUUUGGCCCAGGUCCUCAGCGACCUGUUUAAGGAUAUCCCCAGGACCACCAUCAGCAAGAAGAUGGAAACCUUAAAGAUCAAGAGCCGUCGUUGCGAUCUCAAAGAGCUCCGGACCCUCAAAGCCAUCAACUCCGUGCCCACCCGGGCGGUGAAAUGCUCCCUCAUCUCCAAGGCGGACCUGGAGGCUCUUUGCACCUCCUGCAAGAGCCUCAGCCCCCGCAGGAGGAAGAGGAAGAGGAAGAGCAAGAGGAGGGAGCAGCUGCUGCUGCCGGCCCCGGGGGAGCUCUUCCCCUGCCCCCGGCCCCAGCUCCUGCCUCCCUGUCGAGCCGGGGGGUGCUGCCUCCCCGCCGCCCCCCCCAAACUGCCCCCCUCUUUCCCCAAACCGCGCUCGGCUCCGGCCGCGCUGCUCCCCCAGCCCUUCCACCGGGCCUUCCCCGCUUUCCAGAAACCCCCCCGGGGCCGGAGGGGGUGCGGGCUGGCGGGGAGGGGGGGGGAACUCUUCGCCGGGGUCCUGGCCGCUUACCCCCGCGACCUGGGGCUGCUGCACCCCGCGGCCGCGCAUCCCACCGCGCAGGCGGCCGCGCUCUCCCCCCCCGGCCGGCGCAAGCGGGGUCCCUGCUGCGCCAAGGGGCUCUUCCCGGCGGAGAAGGGACCCGUCGCCCCCAGGAAAAGCCGUUCCUCCGUUUUUCCCGGCUCCAAGCGCCAGGGCACCUCCGCCGGUUACUCCAGCGACUCGGACUCCAGCCUGGACUUCGGGGGGUCCAGCCCCGCCACCUCCAGCGACUCGUCGGAGGAGGAGGAAGAGGAGGAGGAGGAAGGGGACACGUCGUGCAGCAGCGAGGAAGGCAGCUCCUCGGAGUCGGAGAGCAGCUCGCUGUGCAGCGGGGACUCGGUGCAGAGCACCCGGUACAGGCAGGCGGCUCUGCCCCGCUUCCAGCCGCAGCCCCCCCGGGAACCCCUCCUCGGCGAGGAGCGCCCCGUCGAGCCCCCCCCCGGAGCGGGCAAAACCCUCCGCCCCGACCCCGACCUCCUCUUCCUCUCGCAGCAGCUCUGGGCCAGGACUUUGCGAGCAUCAACUUUGGAAAGUUUGAACCCGGUUCCAGCCCUGGGCUCGGGGGCUCAGCCGCUGCCGGAGCUGUACGCAAAGCAGGAGGCCUCCCCUUCCUCCUCCUCCUCCUCCUCCUUCUUCGCCUCCUCCUCCUCCUCCUCCCCCCCUCCCUCCCCGAGCAGCACCCCUGGGGGGGGUCCGCAACAAAAGGAGGGAGGCUUUGGGGACGCGGAGCCCUGCGCCAAAGGGAAGGAUUUGCACAAAGAUGCCUCGAACAAUAGAGCCUCGUUAGGCCCCGGGGAGCGGGCGGAGGGGCCGAACGGGGCUUUAACCGGGCCAGCGCCCGCCCGAGAACCGGCCCCGGGUUCCCCCCCGCAACCCCCGGGCCCGGAGGUAACGGGGAGUCCCGGGUCGGUCCCCCCGGGGGAGGCGGGGGAAGCUCGACGGGAGCACUUUGACCGGUUGAUCCGGCGGUCCAAGCUCUGGUGUUACGCCAAAGGGUUCAACCUGGACGGGAAAAGUUUGCGCCACGGCGGGAGGACGGACCAGGCCGGGAAAGGCGGGGAACUCAAACCCCCCGGCUCCAAAAGAGCAGAGAGCCCCAGCACCUUGUCAAACAAAGCUUUGAAAGGCAAUGGCUCGGAAAGGAAUGCCAAGCGCAGACGCCUCGCCAGAGGCGCUGAGGCAGAAAGGCAACAGAGCUCCUCUAAAGGGAGGCCACAAAAGACUCCGAGGAGGAAUGCCAAAAAGGGAAACACUCCUUGCAAACGCCUCGGCAGCUCCGGGCCGACCCCGCCUCGGAAUUCCUUCAGCCUCAUGGGCAACUUCCCCUGUAUUCCCUCCCUGGUGGUGGGGGAAGAUGGGGACCUGUGUCCUGCCUCUUCCCUGGGGGUCAAAAACUCUUGGGCCCUCUCCAAAACUCACCCGCUGUGGAGCUGGCACCUGGGGGGCAACGCCAUCCCCGUGCCCCCCAGCCUCAAAUUCCGGGGCUAUAGCUUGGAGGAUCUCUAAGGACAGCGGACGGCCCGGAGGAAAGGUUUACACGCAACAGAUGAGAGC